GGCAAUGAUCACAAUAAUAGUCAUAUGACUCCAGCUUUCUUCGAAGUUGAAGGGUGUAGAGAAAUUUGUUCUAAAUUUUUCAAACAUUAAAUUGUUAAAAUAUUAUAUAUUUUAAGUUUAAUUAUUGACUGAUCAAAGAUGUCUCUCAGCGAUGCCGAUGUUCAAAAACAAAUCAACCACAUGAUGGCCUUCAUUGAGCAAGAAGCCAAUGAAAAAGUUGAAGAAAUUGAUGCUAAGGCCGAAGAAGAGUUUAAUAUUGAAAAGGGUCGAUUGGUGCAAGAGCAACGACUAAAAAUCAUGGAAUAUUAUGAUAAAAAAGAAAAGCAAGUUGAACUGCAACGAAAAAUCCAAAGUUCGAAUAUGUUAAAUCAAGCAAGACUAAAAGUUUUAAAAGCAAGAGAAGAUCAUAUUAGAACUGUGUUAGAGGAAGCUAAGAAGCAGUUGCAUGGAUUGACUCGUGACCAAUCUCGUUAUCAGGAAGUUAUGAAGAAUUUAGUUCUUCAGGCUGUUUUUCAACUUCUUGAAAAGGAGGUGUCCGUUAAAUGCCGCAAGCAAGAUAUACCAGUGGUUGAAAGUUCACUUAAAAGUAUUUCAGAUGCUUACCAGCAGCAAGUUGAGAAACCUAUAAGAAUUACCAUUGAUAAAGAUAACUGUUUGCCUUCUGAUUGUGCUGGCGGAGUUGAAAUUUCAGCCCAACAUGGGAAGCUUAAAAUCAACAAUACUUUAGAAAGCAGGCUGGACAUGAUAAGUCAACAGCUGUUGCCAGAAAUUCGUCAAACAUUAUUUGGAUCAAACCCCAACAGAAAAUUCAAUGAUUAAGAUUGUGCUGCAGUUGGUUAAACUAUUUCAUCUCACUAUACUCAAGAAACAUUUUCUUUAAUUUAACAUUCCAUUUAAAUAUGUGAGAGCUACUUAAAUUAGCUUUUCAGUGGAAUUUGUAAUUUAAUUUAUUUGAAGUAAUCAAGAACUCCUUAUUUAUGAAAUCUGUCAAGGCUCCGGGUGUAGGCCUUCUUCAUGAGGAAAAAGCAUAUAUAUUGUGUAUAGAGACUUUUAGGAUGUGGAAUGUUUGGUGUAUAAUUGAGUCUAGUCUUUGUUAUUUUAUUAGAAUUAUAUGUUAAACUUGUGUUUGCAAUGAAUUAUAUUAAUAUGAAUUUUAAUUGUAAUAAAAUGUUGUAGUUAUUGUGAAA